AUGGACGCCUACACCGCCUUCCACUACUUCUCGAUCGCCAACACAGGCCCCAACUUCCUCCCAGUCACCUUCGACUUCCAGGUGUGGCAGGUGAGCCAGGUCUACGCCGUCCACCCUAAGUUUGGCGUUGGCGGCCGCAACCUGGCCACGGUCGAGGGCGAGCGCGAGGAGUUCCAGGAGGCUCUCACGAGGUUCCAGCGCCGCGUCACCCGUUGGGUGACAGCUCUGAAGGAGGGCGAAAGCAGCGGUAGCCGCCGGUUGGCCUCCAUCCAGGAGGAGGAACGCACCCACGGCUCACUCCAGUACCUCCUGGACCUUGUCAACGAGUUGGCCGACAUCUACCAGGAUGCACACCAGCACGACUCGCGCGUGGUCAGCAUGGAGCGCGACGUCGGGGAGGACGGCCCCCUCCACGAAGACUACACCGCAGCUCUUCUCCUCCGCGCCGCCCACUUCGCAGCAGUAGACGACAUCUACCAGCACCUCGAUGUCGAGCUACAGGAGCUCUACCAACGCGUCAAGGGCAUCCGCGGUAACCCCUUCCUGGGGGUGACCCUGGAUGUCCAGGAGGCGAUGAACGCCCUGGGAUUUGCUGCGGAGGCAUACGAGGUGCUCCAUGAGGAGGUGGUUCGCUGUGUGGACUUGUAG